AUGCGGAGGUUCUUUUCCACGUUGGCCAGGUUCUUCAUUAACAAUUGUCUCUCUGUGGCGUAUUCCUCGAUGUUAUUCCUCAAUUGGUACUUUGCAAGGUUUUUAUUGAGGUUUAUUCGGAGCACAGUUUGUCUCACCAGUUGUAGGAGCAGUUGUAAUUCGGAGGAAGGAAUCGAUUCCUUGAGAUCCAGUUUCAUUUCUGUAACGUUGAGCAACUCCAAGAGCUUCUCAACAUCGCUGUCCAUCCCUUCAAGGUCGUUAGAGCUUAAGUUCAACGCCAGAUUGUUGACCGAUCCAGGCGAGGACGUUGACGAAACAGGAACAGACGUGUUUCCCGAGUUCGACUGA